AUGUAUCAGGAGAGAGACGUUGACCUUGCUAAUGAACAACAGCGCCAGGAAGAAAAUGACCAGCUCCGCAAGCAGUUUGCUGGGGCUGCCAAUGCAUUCCAUGCCUGGCUCACAGAAACAAGGAUGUGGCUUUUGGAUGGAGGAGGGUCUGCAAUGAUGGAAGGUUCAGGAACGCUUGAAGAUCAGUUGGAAGCCACAAAGAAAAAGGCUGUUGAGGUUCGCUCUCAGAAGGGACAACUGAAGCGUAUUGAAGACCUAGGAGCUGCCAUGGAAGAGAGACUUAUCUUGGACAACAGGUACACAGAACACAGUACAGUAGGUCUCGCCCAGCAGUGGGAUCAGCUGGACCAACUGGGCAUGAGGAUGCAGCACAACCUUGACCAGCAGAUCCAGGCCAGGAACAGGAGUGGAGUGUCGGAAGACGCACUCCGGGAGUUCAGCAUGAUGUUCAAGCACUUUGACAAGGACAAGUCUGGCAAGCUGGAUCACCAGGAGUUUAAAUCUUGCCUCCGAGCUCUUGGUUAUGAUUUACCUGUUGUGGAAGAAGGACAAGUUGACCCCGAGUUCCAAGCCAUCUUGGACAUGGUUGAUCCAAAUAGGGAUGGUCACGUGUCGCUGCAAGAGUACAUGGCGUUCAUGAUCAGUCGAGAGACAGAGAACGUGCAGUCGAGCUCGGAGGUUGAACAGGCUUUCCGGGCUCUAACAUCAGGCGAUAAACCCUUCAUCACAUCACAGGAGCUAUAUGCUAACCUGACAAGAGAACAAGCGGACUACUGCAUUGGAAGAAUGAAACCGUUUGUGGACAGAACUGGCCGGGUCAUACCGGAUGCGUAUGACUACGCUGAUUUUACAUCAUCCAUGUUUGUCAAUUAAGCAAAGAAGACUUUAAAUUAAUACUUAUAAUGGACUUACGUAUUGUGGUGUGGUACUUUCAUAUUCU